AUGGUGAUUUCAGAAGAAGCAGGCGGUGAGGAACCUGUCUCAGAAUGGGAGGUACUCGCUCCAAGUGUCAUCUUUUCGAGGCCCUGUAACUGGCAAGAACAGGAAUUUGUGAAUCGGACCAAGUUAUUAUCCCAGAGCCAUGGAACUUUCAACUUUGAGAAGGAUAAAAUUAGUAACAACUGGAUUGAAUAUUAUAGAGGGAUUCCCCACAGAAAGCUCAUCACGGCGCUACAGCUAAGAGUUAAUGUCUACCCCACAAGAGAAUUUUUGGCAAGAGGCAGACAAGAGACUCAGAUGAAAUCUUGUCAGCAUUGUCAGGCAUCAAAUGAGACCUGCUUCAAUAUUACUGGGUACCGCCCUGCAGUACAAGAUGCUAGGGUUAAGAGACAUAACCAACUAUAUGAAAUGGUGGACAAAGCCAAAACCAAAGAUUGGGUAGCAUUCCAGGAUCCACUGCUGAAAGACAAACAAAAUGAAUUAUACAAACCAGAUGUGGUAUUCGUUAAAGGAGGUCAGGCCCUUGUGGCAGACAUCACAGUUGGGAGCACAUGGCAAGUGGUGUCAAGGCAACUACAAACUGUUAGCAAAGUUAGGACUGUCCACCUCCUGUCGGGAAAAGGUCACUUGUCAUCUGUCAAAUUGGGAACUACUUACACAAAUUUCUUUCAGGCUGGACCAUUAACCAAAGUGACGAUUUGUAAGGACAAAGAAGGAAAACCUAAGUCUUUCGGAUUUGUCUGCUUUAAGCAUAAAGAAUCAGUGCCUUAUGCAAUAGCUCUACUGAAUGGAAUCCGUUUGUAUGGAAGACCAGUUAAAGUGCACUAUCGGUUUGGGAGUUCUCACUCAUCAGAACUAAAGAGCCCUACACAUGGUUUUGAGAACAAUAUUGACUUAUAUUCACCUUCAUAUAGGUAUCAAGACCCUCAUGGAAAUCCUCCAUUUCCUGUUAUUUCUUUUACAAUGAACAGUAGUUUACCUCAUGAACACUCAGGCUUUCAAAAGAUGAUGAACUAUUUUUUACCACAGCAAUACACAGUACAAAGUCCAGUGGGUCAAAAGUUUCCUUGCGAUAAGAUGACUCCACCACUGCCUUCAAAUUUAUCCUUUUCUCCCUAUCAGAAUCAAGCUGCAAAAUUUAAGUCCGCACAGAGUUCUUUUGGAUUGGCCCUGCCACAUUCAAGUGACUGUGAAGUGCACCAGGUGGAUGAAAGCACCUCUAAAAGAAAGAGGGAACAGCAAAGUUGUGACGAUGACAGUAGUAUUGAGGAUGACAAAACGAGGCAAAGAAAGCAUGACCAAAAGUACAAGAAGCACAAAGCCAAGAAAAAGACGCAUUAAUACUGUGUAACUGGAUUAAUCUUUUAAUUUGCUGGUUUUGAGAGAAAUAUUUCAUCUUUGCACUUUAUUGAAAAAGGAAUGUUCAAGAUUCAUAUUUUUUUUGAAAUGUGUUAUACAUAAAGUAUACUGAUACUUUAUUUAAUCUCAACCUAUUAAAAGAGGAAAGUACUAUUUAAGGUAUAGGAAAGGAAACAUUUAAGAAGAUAAAGUUUUCCUAGGUUUUUUCCUUCCAAGAAUCUUGGAAGACUAUUAUUUCACUAAUGUAGAAACUUUAUGAAAAUACAUAAUUUCAGCCAUUUCCAUCACUUAUGGAAUGUAUUUGUGUGAAUGGUGCAAGAAUUUUCUGGAGCCACU